GAAGGGCCACCUCGACAUCGCCCGGCUGCUUCUCGAGGCCGGCGCAGCGGUCGACCAAGCCAAGCAGAAUGGUGCCACGCCGCUGCGCAUCGCGUGUCACCAGGGCCACCUCGAGGUCGCCAAGCUCCUCUCCUCCUAUGGCGCCUCCCGCGCCGCAACGCCCUUUGGCACGCCCGAGGAGGCUGCAACCCGCCGCGGCCACGCCGACCUCGCCGCUUGGCUGGUCGCCAGCCGCGGCUGGACGCCGCUCGCGCACCUUGAGACCCUCACCGCCGCCCGCGCCACCUCCCUCCUGCGCAGCGGCGCAAGCCUGCACGAGGGCGAGCCGACGCCGCUGCGGCGCGCCGCGGGCGGCGAGGGCGAGGCGGCGGCGCUGAUCCGGCGGGCGGCGGCGCCGUGGUCGCCGGCAAGCCACUCCCUCUUCCCCGCGGCGGCGCGCGCGCGGGCGGCGCUCCUCGUCCUCUCGCUCUACGAGAUCCACGAGCGGUACCACCUCGACUCGGCAGGAUCCACGAACGGCAUCGCGGCGCUCGACUUUGGCCACUGCGUCUUGGGCUUCGCGAUCGCUCGCGAGACGGAGUAGGGGAGUUGCAGUUGGUUCGCGCCCUCACGCUCACGGCACUGUCUUUGAGUUUGCGCGCCUCGUGCUGCUGCACGCGGUGGCGAGCGAGGGAGAAGAGUGGAGUGCGUGAGGACGCACGACGGGACGUACACUACCGCGCGGCUCCGUCGAGCUCGAGCUGCUGGCGCUGCUGCUUGUGCUGACGGCGAGGGCGGGCGGGGACGUGUGCGGGGGGACGCAUCACUCACAAAAGCAGCACAUGGACACUGGGACAUGUUGUGCAUGUGGAUGUCAUAUGUUAUGUGACAUUCUUGUCAUGUGCAUGUGCAUGCGUGUAUCCUAACAGUACCAC